CGUCGAUUCUUAUUCCGAUACGGAUGGAUUCGUAAUCGAAAGGUGCGAUUACGUACCGAGGCAUCGGAUUGAAAAUUGCAAACGGCAAGAUCCCGCGAUUCCGCGUGAUCGCCGAAUCCCGUGAUCGAGAGGAGGGACAUGUCAUUUGCCAUCGCGGAUGCUCGGUGAUUCGUGGUCAGUCGUCCCCGGUGACCGCAUCCCGCCGUGUUCGGGAUAUUGUUGUUGUGAUGAUAAUGUGCUGAGUUGCGUAAGUGGCAGUAAAAGUGGACGUUGAUGGCCGAUAAGGAAAGCGAUACUAGCGAUAGUGGACCCGGAAAGCAAUAAAGCGCAAAGGAUUUCCAGCGAGCGGCGCCGGCGAGCGGAAAGUGCGCGCGUUUUCCACACACAGCUUCUCCAGUCGAGAUCGAGAUCGAGAGAGAGAGAGAGAGAGAGAGAGAGAGAGAGAGAGAGAGAGAGUUGUCGUAAUCCGUGCGAAACGGAUUACGCGCGGCGAUGAGGCAACGGCAGCCGGUGGACGCGUCGCCACGGUGUCGGUGUUGAGACACUCGUCCCGGUCUAGCUAGCCCGGGCGUGUCUUCGGCAUCAAGUCCGCACAUCGGCACCGACGCAGGCGAUAUGAGUACGAAAUUCAUAAUUGAUAGUAUGCUACCUGCCAAGUACCAACAAUUCCACCCUCAACAGUUGUUCUCAAGCGCGACUCCAGGUACGAUUCAGGCGUGCACGACGAGUCCGGCCACCGCGAGCCUAGAAUCGAGUUUAUCCGCGGCUGCAGUGGCGGCCGCGGCAGUCAAUUACGCACAGCAGCACAAUUCACCGAGCCCGACGGGUUCGAGUCCCCAGCACUCGGGAAGCUCCGCUUCUACGUCACCGGCGGCACGCACCACAUCCAGUAUGUAUCCGUACGUCUCCGCCGCAGCGGCGCAUCAUCAUCAUCAGCAGCAGCAAGCGGUCGCGGCCGCUGCGUUCGGUGCCACGUCGAGUAUGGUGCCCGGUUUCGGCUCCACGGCGGCAUCCAGCGCCGCUCUGGCUGCCGCCGCUGCCGUCGACGCCGCGACCGCCGGCGACAAAUCUUGCCGUUACACAGCUAGUCUGACCGGCAAUGUGGCACCUGCAUCGGCCGACCCUAUGGUUAACUAUACCCUAGGCCACCAUCAUCAGAACGGCGCUACGCCCGGUAGCCUCGUCUCGUCCGCGUCCGCAUCCUCGGCCGUCUCGGCCGCCUCGGCCUCCAUGGCAGCGGCGGCACAGUUCUACCAUCAGGCGGCUGCCGCAUCGGCCGUUGUCGAUCCUUUGACGUCCUGCCAACAACCCACCACAGGUCAACCUGGCAUCUCGGAUAUACCCCGGUAUCCAUGGAUGUCUAUCACCGAUUGGAUGAGUCCAUUUGACAGAGUGGUUUGCGGUGAUUGGAAUAGUCCGAAUGGCUGUCCGAGGCGCAGAGGUCGGCAAACAUACACACGGUUCCAAACGUUGGAAUUAGAAAAAGAAUUUCACUUUAAUCACUAUUUGACGCGACGGCGACGAAUAGAGAUCGCGCAUGCGCUCUGUCUAACGGAGCGACAGAUCAAGAUCUGGUUCCAGAAUCGGCGAAUGAAACUGAAAAAAGAGUUGAGGGCAGUCAAAGAGAUUAACGAACAAGCCAGACGCGAGCGUGAGGAGCAAGAUAUGAUGAAGAAACAGCAGGCGGAGAAACAGGCCAAGUUACAGCAGGAGCAGCAGAGCGCCGCUCUUCAGCAUCAGCAGCAACAUCACGAAGACACAAGAGACUGGAGCGGCCUGGACGAAGACUCCGAAGCGAAGUAGUUGGUAAGGUCGAUCACGUA